AUGAUCGAUAAUCCAUCAUUAACAACGAUUAAAAUGACAGAAGAUAAUUCAAAUGGUCAUUUUAAUCCUCCAUAUAGAGCACAAUCAACAUCACAACUUUUAACACCUGAUUCAGCUUUUGUGAAAUCAAUAUCAUCAACACCAUCACCUGCUUCAUCAACAUCAUCUCUUGUAAUGUCAAACAGUCCAAAAAAUAGUUUAUCAUCAUUUUUAAAAAUUCCAAUGCCAAAUCGAAAAUCAACUGUCACACAACCAGUAGAAGAUCGUUUUAUUAUGACAAUUAUUAAAAGUCCAUCCACUAAUACACAACGUAUAUCGUCCAAUUCUGCAAAUGAUCUUGCUACAUCAUCAACAACAACAACAGCGACAACAACACAACAAUCAAUAACAACAAUGAAUGAAGACGUAUCAAAUAAUAGUAAAUUUUUUAAAAGUAAAGUAACAGCAGCAUUUAAUCAUAUGAAAUAUCGUUGGGUUGUAAGAAUGCGACCAAAUUUUCGAACAAAUGAAUCACCAAUUUAUUUUCUUGGAAAAACAUAUAAUGGAAAAGAUGAAACAGCAUAUGAUGACAUGCCACGUCCGCAUAACGAACAAUCUUAUACCAGUUUUUUAAAAUCUUUUUCACAACGAAUUUAUCUGUCAUAUAGAAAACAAUUCGAACCAUUAAACGGUUUAACACGUAGUGGUGAUCCGAUAACAUCAGAUUGUGGUUGGGGUUGUAUGAUACGUUGUGCUCAAAUGUUACUUGCUCAAACUCUACUUAUUCAUAUGACAAAUACAAUUAGUUUGCCUCAUUCAAAUAUUCAGAUAGCCGAUAAAUGUCCACGACGAAAUUCAAUAGAAUGUUUUCGAAAUUCUAAUCGAACAAAUCGACGAAUCAAAAUUUAUACUGAUAUUAUUCGAUUAUUUGGAGAUUAUCUAAAUGAUAAAUGUCCAUUUGGAAUUCAUAAAAUUGUAGAAAUUGGUACAGCACAUGGUAUUCGUCCAGGUGAUUUUUUUGGACCAGUCAGUGCUGCUCAUUGUUUAAAAGAAGCUCUUGAAACAGCUAUUGAAUUAAAUCAAAUAUCAGAUAAUCUUCGAGUUUAUAUUAGUCAAGAUGCAAUUAUUUAUCGACAAGAUGUUGUUGAUCUAUGUACAGCUCCAUCUAAUUUAAUAAAAAAGAAAUCUCCCCCAUCUACAAAUGAAUCAACAACAAAUUCGACUAAUAAUAAUUUAUUAAGUUGGACAACAUCAUUACUUAUUCUUGUACCAUUGAGAUUAGGUUUAAAUGAACUUGAUUUGAUUUAUGAACCUUAUUUAAAAGAUGCAUUAAAAUUAAGUCAAACAGUUGGAAUUAUUGGUGGUAGUCCUCGACAUGCUGUUUAUAUACUUGGUUUUCAAGAUGAAAGUUUUAUUGAUCUUGAUCCACAUUUUAGCCAAACAACUGUUAAUGUUCUUGAAGAUACUUUCGAUUUAACCAGUUAUUCAUGUUCAUCACCAAAAAAAUUAACUGCAAGAAAAAUGGAUCCAAGUUGUACAUUAGGAUUUUAUUGUAGAGAUAAAGCAGAUUUUGAAAUGUUUUGUGCACAGUGGAAUCGUAUAUGUCAUAUAGCAACAGAUGAUCGACGUCCAUGUCCAAUAUUUCGUAUUGAACAUGGUACAUUUCAAGAAAGUCAUACUCGUACAUUAAAUAUUGAUUAUUCAUCAUUAAAUGAUGAAGAGAAUGUUUUUCUUCGUGUAACGAAAUUAUCAUCAUCAGGAGGUAAUUCACCAUUACCAUCAAAUAAUCAUAAUUCCAAUCAAUCAAAUAAAAAAAUGAAUUCAUCAACACAUCAAUCUUAUGAUACAUGGAAUGAUAAUGGAAGAUUAUUGAAUGACAAUACAACGAAAACGAAUCGUACUAGAAAACAUUCAUUAUCGGAUGAUUAUGUAUUUUUAUAGAAACGAAGAGAAGCUGGUUUUAUUGCCGAUGAUCCAGGAAUUGGAGAUAAAAUACGUGAAUUUUUGGCAAGUCUUCAAUAUUUUCGAGUAUUCAUUGGUCUUUGGAAUAUUCUAAUUAUAUUUGCCAUGUUUACUUUAUUUGGUUAUUGA